UUUUAGUGUUUGUGUGGUUUACCUGCAGGCAAUGGAGAUAGCAUCUGAAAGAACUGCAGAGGAAAGAUCCAAUCAGGACAAAGUUGAUGAGGAGGUGUUUAAGAAAGCCUACAUUCCACGCACACUUAAUGAAGUCACUCACUAUGAGAGGGAUGUGGACACAAUGUUGAAGAAAAAGGAGGAGGCUUCUGAGGACACAAGUACUGACAAUAUCCUCUACCGGACAGUGACAGGCCUCAGGAAGGACCUUUCUGGUGUGCAAAUGGUACCCUCAAUACUGGAAGACUCAACGAAGGGUGAUAGUUCAAGCUCUGAGGGAGAGGAGGAGGAUGAAGAUGAUGAGGAGGAGAAGUCAGAAGGGGAGGACACACUGGAGGGUGGCAGCCACACUGAGGAAGCACAAAUUGACAGAAAGGAAAGAAAGAAAUUGGUUAAAGAAGGCCAGAGGGAGAAAAGAAAAAAUAAAAUGCCAAAGCAUGUGAAAAAGCGUAAGGAGAAGGUUUCCAAAAUGAAGAAAGGAAGAUGAAUAUGGUUGAGAUGAAGGUGAACUGAGAUUAUAGCAGAAACGUUACAUGACUGAUGGUUCCAGUAUUGAAGCUGAGAAUUGUUGUUGACGAAAUGUCAGUCCCUUAACAAUUAUAAAUACCUAAUGUUUAUUAAAAAUGAUUUUUAAUAAACUUAAUUUUUUAUCGUCA